AUGUCGGCAUCGACGCAUGGUGUAAUGCGAAGUGUCUACAAGUACUUUUUCCUCUACAUCGAACCCCUCUCCACCAUCCUCGGCGCCUACUACUCUUCCUUGCAACAGCAAACCUAUCUUGACCUCACUCAUGCGACUUCAAGCCCCCAAAACGGCAUACCCGUCUCAACCCAAAUUGUUCUCAUGCAAUUGUCGAACCUGUAUCUCUGUUUUGCCAUUAAUGAAGCUCUCGUCCUACGCGCAUCAUCCGAUUUGAAGGUCUGGCGGACUCUACUUUUCUGCUUGCUUGUCGCAGACUUCGGUCAUCUCUACAGCGUCCAUGCUGUGGGAUGGCACAUCUACUGGAACGUGCUCCGGUGGAACGCCAUUGACUGGGGCAACGUCGCUUUCGUGUAUGUUGGAGCUACGAUGCGCAUCUGUUUUCUGUCCGGCUUGGGGGUAGCGACAUCAAAACACACCUUUACACCCAUCUAA